UUAUUUUACAUAUGCUCUGGAUGAAUUUCCAUGCCUUUCGGGUAACUUCUUGGAAUCCUCAAUGGGUGUAAUAAUACUUGAAGAAUCGAAGUAAGUGAUAUUUUUCUGAAAAUUCCCUUUAUCUAACUAUUAUAUGAACAACCAUAUUUUUAAUUUUAAUUUAUUUUUCUUUUACUUUCUUCUUAAUUAAUUUACAUAUUACAACUUUCCAUGGAUAUGGCUUUCACAGAACCUGGAGCUAGAAAUCCAUAACUCCACAAUGGAGAUAGAAAUGCUUGAUGCCAAUCUCCAGAACUAUGAUCCUCAAGCUAUAAGAGAUCCCUCACUCGAUCAACUCUUGUGCUGCGAAAAAAGCCUGAAAAUAUCGUUGCAGCAAGUCAUGGAUAGAAAAAAAGAGUUGCUCGCUAACUGGGUGCCAUCUCCUGGUACUGAUCAGAGAGAUCAAAUGGAGACUCAGGGACAAGGUGCAGUUUCUUACUACUCUGGUGGUGUUGGGGAUGUGCUCAACUAUGAUAAGAUUCUCAGACAACUCGAUCCCUGGAUUAGUCCUUACAGCCCUAAGGUUAGGGAGAAAUUGCUUGAAGACAUGAGCAAGGAAGCUAAAGGAAAAUCAGAGGUUCAUGAAGUGGCUGCCAUGCCCAGCAAGAAUAAUACAUGCAGCCUGAAUAUGCUUGCCUUUCCUUCCACUUACACUUCAGUAGUUCCACCAAUCCAGAACCAUCGAAAUUGGCAUAUUGGUGGGGCUUCAACGUCUUACUUUGAAGCACCUAAUGAUGUGCAUUGUUUCAACUUCAACAGCAACAUCCCUCAGAAUUUGAAUGUCCAUGAUGCUACUGAGGUCCCAUUUUCUAUGAGAUCUAAACGCAUAUUUUGAUGCAUAUUGUAAUCAGGGUGAGAAGGGAAAUAAUGCAUUAGGCACUGCAAGAGAACAGGAGGAGGCUCUAGGGACUGCAGGCGAUUCCUUUAAUUUGGAAUUUGGACAUAGCUCAGUUAUCUCUACAUAUGGUAGCUAAAUAUAUGUAACAACACAAUAAAAUAGCAGUGUAUAAGCCAAAAAAACUUUAACUUAGUGGUAUUGAAGUCGUCUCAAAAACUGUGUGAUCUCUGUGAUCUCAAGCUCUAGUUAUCGUCAAAUCUAAUUAUGU